GCGCGCACCUCCGCUCGCUCCCGCACUGGCUUUGUGUCCGGGUGUGUUGUUCGUCGUCAGUCGUGUGGAGAAAGACUAAUUAAAAAAAAACAACACACACGACGAAAUCCCGGGGUACGCCGCGCCCACCCGCGGGAGCCAUGGAGGAGCUGAGCGCUGUCGGGGAGCAGGUUUUCGCGGCGGAGUGCAUCCUGAGCAAGAGGCUGCGGAAGGGCACCUCCGAAUACCUGGUGAAGUGGAGGGGCUGGUCCUCCAAACACAAUAGUUGGGAACCAGAGGAAAACAUUCUUGAUCCGCGACUUCUUUUGGCAUUCCAGAAGAGGGAACAGGAAAAAGAGCUGCGAAACCGAAGAAGAGGAAAAAGACCACGUGGGAGACCACGUAAAAAUGUUGAGUCAGAAGUGCCACCCAAACCCAAGUCGAGCAGCUCUUCUUCCUCAUCCUCCUCUUCUAAUUCAUCUUCCUCCUCCUCGUCUUCAUCUUCAUCUUCCUCCUCCUCAGAUGACAGUGAUGCAGAAACUCCACACUGUCCGAGACCACGAGAUUCCCACCCCGUUCCACAGAAAAAAGCACAAGCCGUGGUAGUAAGGCCAGAUUUAAAAGAGCAACUUCGCAAGAAGAGGGGAAGAAAACCAUUGCUUCCUGAUCAGAAGAUCCCUAGAAGGACCAAGGGAGCGAAGCCGGGACCUAAAAGUGCAGCUGAAAAAUUACAGGCUGGUCUUAAUGCACAAGCAUUCUCCACUCUAAAAUCCCAUUCCAAAGACCUAUCUGCUUCCAGCUAUAACAGACAGGGUAACUUAUCUGCAGAAUUGCUUUCCAACAUUGCUAAAAAUUCUCCUAUCCAUCCCAAUGGGAAUUCUUCCAGAAACCUAAGCUGGCAGAGCUCAAUUGUGCAUUAUAUGAACCGAAUAGCCCAAAACAACCCUCAGGCAGGCAGGAGGCCGAUGAAUUCUGCAUUGCUUUCCAAACGAAGCUGUCAGACUCAAGAAUCCAAAAGUGCCUCCAAAAUGCAAAUUGAUCUUGGCCCAUCUGCUCUUAAAACUGUAAAACUUAAUGAUAGCGAGGAGCACACAAAUCCACCGAUCAACCAGUCUGCACCGAGGCCUGGAAUAUCUAACCGAGAAAGCGCCCAGACUUUGAAUCUUCAGAACAAAACUCAAGGUGGACAAAGUGCAGGAGCGCUAAAUGUGCACGCGUCUCAGAAAAAUAACACACUUCCACAAAAAAAACCUAAUCCUCCUUCACAUGGGAUGUCUACAGAUAAUAAGACAGAUAAAAUGAGUAGAAAAAGCGGAGGGAUAAGUCAAGUAAGGACCGGACUUCCAGUAUCCACAAGAGAGGUCUCUACUGUCGAGAGAGGACAGCAGGCAGAGCCUCGCAAGGAUCUAGCUGAGCUAAGCACCGGAGAUGAUAGCAGCCUGGACUCUGACCAUGAUUCAUCACUUUCCAGCCAAGAUAUGUCUGUCCAAGCUAGCCAAGACUGGAAGCCAGCUCGUAGUCUGCUUGAGCAUGUUUUUGUGACCGAUGUCACUGCCAAUCUCAUCACAGUCACCGUAAAGGAGUCUCCCACCAGUGUUGGCUUCUUUAACAUGCGGCCUUACUGAAAGGAGAACAUGUUUGGAAAUAUGCAACCAAAAAUGUAUGAGGUCUGGCUAUGAGAGAGGUUUAAUCUAGCGGACAGUUUAAAGGUUAAUGCUGUCCUUCGGCAAUGCUUAUUUUAGUAUCUCCGGAUCUAAAUUGUAAUCUGUAUCUUCUGUAAGGAUUAUCCUAUACUGGACCUCUGAGCUCUGUAUGGUGCGUGUUUAUGGAGUUAGGGUUGUGGAAAGUGGAUGGAUGGCGUCUUCAGGAACUAAAUGAAAGAGUUGUGACUUGGUUUAAAAAGAGUAGGAGAUUGUAUACUCAACUAUUAGUCGCUUGAGUACUUUUCCUUAGGGAUAUAUUUCCCAACCCUUUAGAUUGCUAGAAGAGUUGUGCAAACCUUAUUUGCUGUAAUAAGAAGCUGUCGUUCUAUCCAGCCCUGCCUUAUUCCUUUAGCACUUUUUGUGGCUAAAAUGCAAACCAGAGCAAUAGACAAAGUACUAGAUAUUAAUGGAGGUCUAGCCUAAAAAUGAUAUAUCAUAGAAAAAUAAGUUUUUUCUUUAUUUUUGGACGUUCUAAAGCAGAAGGAUUUUGCCAAAAAUCGAUGUAAUAAUCACUUGUAAUAGCAGCGUUUGUGGAUAGGUAAAACUGGAAUAUGUGUCGUUGUAAUGUUAGUUUAGUUGUCUUGGUGUUAAAGACGCGUGUGGAGUACUUGAUGUAUUUAAUAACUUUUAGUAAUCCACCUAUUAAAGUGGCGGUUUACUGAAGAGUCACUGAGAGCAAUCUGUCAAAGAUCAUAUUCCUUUUUAAAGGAGUAUUUGCUUUUUCUUCCACAGCGAUACAGGCUCAGUUCUAUACAAAAUUCACUCUUAAGGCUGCGUUCACAUCUCCGACACUGAUGGGGCAUAAAUGGCACAACGCAACCGAUGGACCCCAAUACAGUCAAUGGGAAUCCGGUGGUAAACUAGAGAAUCCUGUAAUGCCAUAUCCGGAGAUGCGAGCGCAGCCGAAAAGCCACUUACUUCUGAUCUGCAUAGUAAAGGUACAUCAUAGAGGAAUGUGGGCUGAGCCAAUUUCCUCGGGACCUGCCGAGCAUCUAUUGUGGAUUUCCAGUUGCAGACAUCAGUAGAAAGAAGCGUCGGCAAGUUGGAUUUCAUCCCUUCUGUUCCGACAGGCAAUAAGCCGUCGCCACCAAGUUCUGUUUUGAAGGUGGUGUUUGAUCGAGGGCUGUCCAUCUAGAUUACAGCAUUUACGGUAGUUUCUGUACAUUUAGCGUUUGACUUUUGAAGUGAUCUUACGUUUACAUAAAAUACCACUGGCCUUAACAGUGUUUGAUUUCCGUGGCAUCGAAAGUAGAAAGAAACAAUCACAAAUAUAGUUUAAUUUAGAAGAUAUUGCAGCACAUAACCAUUUUCUAAAUCUUGAAUGUGCCUUUAUGUUGUGGCCAGAUCCAAGGUGUCGUGUUGCUUAUUAGAACAUGUUGAGAAUUUUGUGCUUGGUGAAUGGCAGGGUUAUAUCGGAAAUACAUUUGCUAGAUGUGAGUGAUUGUGCGUAAUUAUAGGUUAAAACUGUGUAAGAAGAGAUUUUUUUUUUUUUCAGUUCCCUUUUAAUUUAAUUUUACAUUUUUUUUCAAAAGUGUGACCAGUUGAUUCUGUUGAAUUGAGAAGUUAAGAGUCCUUUCAUGUGACCCUAUUUCAGCCCGUCAACAAGCGUAUCAUGUGGCGAUCAAGGCUCAUUUAACAGCGUCGUCAAACUUCAUAUAUUUUUUAAAUACUUCCCAACCAGUGAGAUGGGAAAUUGGGGACAUGUCACCCCUGCAGCAGCGUAUGUGUUCUUGUCCAUUCCAGAAGUCCCUGCUCCGGUAUUGGAAGUAGAGCCUCUGUUCUUGCGCCGCUACUCAGACCGGGCACAUGAUUGUCGGGUGCCAGGCAAGAUGUCUGGUACUGUCAAUCAAGCGGCAGGGAGGAGCUUCUUCAGCAGUGGGGACAGUCCCUUACAACAAAAGAACUCUCUUUGAUUUGCUCAUCCCUAAUGAGGACCACAGUGAAUACAGUGGUGGACCCAGGAAGUCAGAACCGAGUUUCAGGUAGAAGGUAAGUGAUCUUCCCUGGACAGGUCCUGGUGGGUGUGUAGGGGGUUUUAU